AUGGCGCAACCAAAGUCACCGCAGAAGAUUGUUUUUGGGUCGAUGACCUUGGGGAAAGAAGGUGCUGAGCAAGCCCGUGUCCACUCGCUCGAGGAGGCAGGAAAGAUUUUGGAUGUGUUCCAAGCUCACGGACACAUCGAGGUUGACACGGCCCGAUCCUAUGCCGGGGGCUCGACCGAGGAAUUCCUUGGCGCUCUUGGAUGGCAAGACCGCGGAAUCGUACUCGAUACCAAGCUCUCACCCGUACCCGCGCAGCUCAAGUAUAACCACACGCCGUCGGACCUGCGUCGAGGCCUCAAGGACUCUCUCGCCGCCCUCAAGACGGAAAAGAUUGACCUAUGGUACCUCCAUGCGCCGGACCACUCGGUCCCGUACGAGGACACUCUACGCGAAGUCAAUGAAUUGUACAAGCAGGGCUACUUUAAGCGGUUUGGCAUCAGCAACUACGCGGCAUGGGAGGUGGCCCAGAUUAGCGAGCUCUGCAUCCGCCAUGGGUGGAAGCGGCCUGACGUGUACCAGGGCGUGUACAAUGGCAUUCACCGCGGCGUCGAGCCGGAGCUGUUCCCUUGUCUGCGCUACUAUGGUAUUGCCUUUUACGCCUUCAACCCCCUCGCCGGCGGCUUCUUGACGGAGCGCUACCAGCGAGACACGGCGAUUGCCGACUUGGAAAAGGGCAGCCGCUUUGACCCAGAGAGGAUGCAGGGACGUAGCUACCGCGGCCGAUACUGGAACGAGACGUAUUUUGAUGCGCUGGACGCAGUGAGGCCGGUUGCGAAAAAGCUUGGGAUCAGCACGGCCGAGGCGGCGCUGCGAUGGGAGAGCCACCAUGGACAACUUGACCGGGAGAAGGGCGAUGCGAUCAUCAUCGGGGCCAGCAGCGCUGCUCAAUUGGAGGAGAAUCUGGUCAAUUUGGAAAAGGGCCCGUUGCCCGACGAGUUGGUCAAGGCAUUUGACGAUGCCUGGAAUAUUGCAAAGGCGGUGGUCGCUCCAUACUUCCGAUGA